AUGUGCAACUUAAUUGCGUGUGUUUUUCUCUUGAUUAUAUCCGGCGCUAAUUUAUCGACGGUGCAUUCUUGGUACUGGGAUAUUGGAAAGACGGUACUCAUAGGGAAUAAUAUUACUGCGGCAGCGGAAGUCGUCGUGCCUCAGAACGAUUCUUCUGUAACCGAUCCGGCCAUAUCUCAAAACGUAUCGCUGUGGGAUACUACGGCAUACGACAGCGCGGCCACCGAGCUGAAUUACUGGCAGUUAGUGAAGAAACGGCACCGCGGCUAUUACCGACCGUCAAUCCAGACUAUCACCACCGUAGCGGAUUUCUGUGCCAGAAUGAAAGCCGGAAGCUACGGAAAUCCGCAUUAUGAGUGCGUUAUAUACCAUGUUUGCCAGUCGGACGGAGAUAUCGUACGAUAUGACACUUUGCCAUGCCCACAAGGUCUCAAAUUUAAUGAUCGGGUUGGCGUCUGCGACUGGCCGUAUAAUGUUGACGAUCAGUGCAACGCCGUCAAGAAAUCGAUGGUAUACCGCCGCGGGGAGGCACAUUUUGUCAAACCACUGAAUGACACCAUCCAACUGGACAUCCGCUUCCACGAAGGAGCGGAUAUCAAUAGAUUUUCCCGCCAAUCGUACCACAUGUUCGCGGAGGCACGGAUGCGGAACCGGAUCGACAGGGUCCCGUUCUACUUCCGCCAGCAAACCCGGCUGAAACAGGCACCGACCACCCGGCAGGCGCUGCCGUAUUUCGAAAUUGCAUACCCGGCGUAUUUAGGGUAUAAAAAAGUGAGAAGGUUUGGUGUGUCGCCUUAGUCGUACGUGUGCAUAAAUUAUUUGUAUUUUUAUGGAUACUCGUGUCAGUCGUGUGUAACUACUUGUAUAAUAUAUU